AUACGCGCACUCGAUUGGCGUCGGCCGGCGUCCCGGGAGGGGCGCGACGCCAGCCAAGAACGAACGUUGAUACUAAACCGCGGCCGGAGCUGCUCCGAACGACAGUUCAACGAGCGUGUGUUCCGAGGCCGGAUCACGGUGGUCCAUCCGAGCGGCGCCCGGCCGCGCGAAACGAACCGAUUCCGUGUCUGGAUCAUCGGCCGCGUCACGUCACGUUCGCGAGAGGGAUCGAGCGAUCUCCGACGACGGGAAAAAGAAGGGGAUGAUCACGAUAUCACAAACGAUCUCGCACCGGCAGUCCUUUUUGUAGACAGACGAUCCGCGAUUUUUCCGGGACACCCGGUAUACCGAUCGACCGUUCACAGUCUCAUCUGUAUCACCGCGUUAUCAUCGUCAUUGUCAUCGUCAACAUUAUCAUCGUCAUCAUCAUCAUUAUCGGGACGUUGGACUAGUGCCACGUGACUGUCGCGAGAGGGUCUGGAAGAGAGGAUCGAGCGUGCUCGACCUUCCUAGCAAUCCUCUUCGAGCAGACUCAUCAGGACGACGCCACGAGGAACGUGGAUACUCUCCUCGCGCGUGUCGGUGUACGUGUGUGCCCGCGCGUGUUUGUGUGUGUCAUCCAUUCUAUUGUGUGUGUGUCGAGUCAGUGCCGCUCGGUAGCGAGCGCGGUGAUCCAGCUGGUGACUGUGAGCGGAGUGCUGCUGCCACUUGCGGUAGAGAGAGAGAGAAAGAGAGAGGGGGGGAGGGAAGAGGAGGGAAGAGAGAACAAGGGUGCACUCUCGAAUGCGUGCCGCUUCCGGCAGACCGGAAGCCUGCGUGCGAAUGCCCUCGGGAUGCGUCCCGCGGCGCGGCGGCCACGAGUGACCGCGACAGUGCAGCAUCCGCUGCUGCGAAUCCUGCCGGACGAGCGAGCCCCGGCUACUGAUUAACCCGCCGGUGUAAUUAAUCCGACUUGUGCGCGCCGCGCUCGUCGACGAACCCCUGGAACCGUUUCCACCGACGCGACCCUUACCGUACGCGUCCCGGCCCGUAAAUCAGUGAGCCAAGGCUGGCGAAAGGAAUUGGUCUUGAUCCAAUUGUCCGAACUCGUGAAGAGCGAUAAGGGAAAGCGAGACGGAGAGCGAAGUACGACCUGGCCGAACGGAUGAGUGCUUCGCGUACCUCCUGUUUGUCGCGGGAUAUCUCGCAGGUCUCGCUUCGCAAACAGCGAAGCCGAGGAAUAGAGAAUUCGUGCGCGUGUGCUAAUUCGUAACAUGGAGAUGAGAGAUUAAAUUUUACUGGACUGACGUCAGUGAUCUAUAGCUGUUUCUCUCUGUCACCGUUCAGUACCGUCGUCCACGUUUUCCACAGGACGAUUUUGCAGUCUGCUAGUUUCCAAAAAGCCGGUGUGAGCGAAUUGCCUGUAGCCGUCCGCUCCACUUCUCGCUAGAGAUCACUCGAACUUCGCGUUCGAAAUCGCGAGUCGGAGAGACGGAGGCUGAAGUUGGAGUUAACUCGCCGUGAGAGUGGCUUGAGCGUCGCUCUUGUUUCAUUAUUGACCGUUAUCGUGCGUUACAUCGUGGAGUGAUCGUGGAAACUUCCGGGCUACAAACAGCAAUUCGAGGGAGAUUAAGGGAAUUUGUUUUAAUCCGGCUGCUGCCCCGCACACGACUACUUAAACUUUGUAACCUAGCCCGAUUCAAUAAAGCGAUCCUCGGAUGGGAUGUGAAGUUUCAUUCCACUUAUAUGAGCGAUCCGCAGUGACUUCGCGUGUGCCACGCUACUUCUCUUGAUCAACGGUCCUGUCGCGGAAUAGCUCAGGGUCUUUACUCAUGGACGACAAUUCGCGGGCUGAAGAUUUCGAUUUCGCCCGAGACGCUCCACAUCUCUCUGUGGGACAGUUUGUGACUCGCGACUUGAUCCACGAAGGUUGAGGAAAGAAGUUGUAGAUCGACUUGAUUCACAAAGGGUGAAGAAAGAAGGUGUGGAUCAAUGGCGGUGCCAUUGAGACGAAGAAAGAGCCCACCGUGCGAAGUUCGACGUUAUGAAUGAUUCACGUCGCCUUAUUCGUGGACUUUCGCAGGGCGAUUAGCAACUCGUGCACGUUCCAGGGUUAAUAUCCACGGAUAUAAGACGACAAUUGAAGUUUGGGAGAGGUAGCGAUCGCGACUAAUCGACAGACGUUCGCGAUAAAUCCGACAGGAGUUCACCACUCGGCGAACGAAUGAAUUCUUAACGCGGAAGAAACCAUCGCUCCAAUCGAUCGCUAUUUCGCGCAUGAAUAUUUCAAGGACGCGCUGUUCACGACGGCAUUCAAUUCGAAGCGGGUAUAAGCGGACUCAGAGGCGCAACGUGCGAGUUGAACGAGACGAUUAGCCGGUCAUCGGAGGGAGCCGGCAGGUCAAUACGGAGGACACGAUCGUCUUCUUUCCGCUCUGCGCUCACAGAGACGACGUUUCCUACGGUCGCUCUUUCUCGAAGGGGCAGUGAUCGUAAGCAGGAUCGGUGCAUCGAGGAUUUUCAUUUGCCGACAGUGCCAUGAAUGUUGCAUGAACGCGGUCUCCUAACAGGAGGAGAGGAUCUUUCUUCCGAAGGUGGUCGGCGGAACAUGAUCCCGGUGAAAUAUUGAACAGAUGAUCGAAGACACGCAGUCAUUCACGCGAUAGCCGCUGCCUGAUAGACACAAGCGAUCGCGAUUAAUUCGCAACGCAGCUGAUCGCUGCUGGAGUUACUCGGCGUAAUUAACAGAUCGCGCGCGCACCGCGAUCAGCGUGCGUUGGAACUGCCGUAUCAUAGACACUCUCCGAGAGGAGAUUCCUCGCAGCACGCCCCGCUAUCGUCGUAAUGAAGGGACGAGUAAAGGCCGAAUAAUGAUAAUCGCCAAAGGGAUCGCGAUCAAUUAACGUCUCCUGAAAUAAUUAACACCUGCUCUAACCCGGGAGUCGUGCUUCUGCGAAUCGGCCAGGAGGAAGAAUGCGCGCCGUGGACACGCGAUCCAAGUGCCGUUUCAAAGGAACGCUCGACGAGUGACUAGAGAAUUCGCGCGAGCGAGCACGGCUAAUUAAUAGUCCUUAAUAGUGGUUAACACUGCCUGUGUGCCAGGUGUGUCCGCGUUAUAGCGAGUGUGUCUCCUUUACGCGCGCGCAAUAUAAUCGCGUAUUAUCGACGGCUAAUUGACACGCAGACGUCGUGAUAAUUAAUACAACAAAUGCGCUCGUCGAUUCUCGUGAGAGUCUCGAUUGAAGCCGGAGCACGCGGGUGAUCGGGCCUCGGGCUUCAUUUUGACUGAUGAAUCGUCGCGUAUCACGUUAAUGUCGUGAACGCUCUCUUAAUACCGACAGUGGUCGCGCGCGCGCGCGCGCGUGUGGGUGUGUGUGUGUGUGUGCGCGCGCGAGCACGCGUGCGCUAAAUUACAUGUCACUCGUGAUCGCUGAUUUCGCGUCCUUCUCAAAGGGCGGGAACAGACGCGUCGACCGACAGCUAGGCUCGCCGGUCUUGAUUAAUCAGGCUAAUUAACCCCGUGUGUGUGCGCCGCAGCUGUGUGUCGCGAGACGUUUCAAGAUCGUUCUCCCGACGAGAGAUCCCCUGAACUCGUGCUUCUUCAUGCGACGCACUCGUGUAUGAUCGGGCACGCGCGAAUUGGGAAUGAGCGCACCGCAACGCGACGGUUAUUCGGUGGGAUAAUUAACGCGACCUAAGGACACCGCCGCAGGGUAACGAGCGGCCUUGAGCGCGCGCGCCGAAACAUCUUCAUCGACGUAUCGUUCGACAGGAAACGUCUUAAUUAAUAAUCACGCAAAGCCAUUGGGAUUCGUGUACCGUUUCGCAUAAUAAGGGAAGCGACCGAGGGAGGAGGGUGAAAAAAAGGAAAAAGAAAGCGGGAGAACAGGAGACGAAGAAAGGAAGAGAGGGACGAGUGAAAGACAGAGAGAGAGAGAGAGAGAGAGAAGAGAGAAACGAAGAAGAGAAGAGGCUCCCGGUGCUACAUCGUCCUCCUCUUCGUCUACUUUUUAUCGUUUCGUGAGGGCCCGAAAAAGAGUUCUCACGCCGCACGCGAGAGAGACCCCGAACACGCACGCAGGCACGCACGCACGAACAUACGCACGCACUCACCCCUCCGAGGAAAGCAGAAAGCCCGCGGCGCGCAAGGGAUCUUGAUUUCUUCCUGCUCGUCGAUUUUUUCUCUCCCCUUCAGGCCCUGCCAGCCGUCCCAAAUCCUGCCGGAGCGACGCGCGAGAAGGUAUGGGAAAAGAAAAAUCGCCUCUCAGCUUGCAGAGACACGCACGUUCUAUCGCGAUGCUAUUACGCUACCUCGCUCUCUGAGAAUUUAGGCUUUCGGAUACGUGUCAACGUCGUGCAGUAAGGACGACGACGUGGAAAAAUUACGCGUAGUCGGAGCUCGGAACCUCACGAUGGAGUGCCGCAAGGGUCGACGGAAAGGAGCACCGAUCCUCGGCGGGCUGCUGCUUGCGUGGCUCUUAACCAACGGCUGUGCCGUCGUCGCGCGAAAUAUGGAGAGGUACGACACGGCGUACGCGUGCGAAGGCAAGACGCUGGAGAUCGAGUGCGGCGAAGGGAAGCUGAUCCAUCUGAUACGGGCGAACUACGGCAGGUUCUCGAUCACGAUAUGCAACGAGCACGGGAACACUGACUGGAGCGUCAACUGCAUGUCGCCCAAGUCGUUCCGCGUGCUGAACAACGAGUGUAACGACCAGCAAAACUGCAGCAUCGUUGCGUCCACGCUGCAAUUCGGCGAUCCUUGCCCGAACACACACAAAUACCUCGAAGCGCAUUAUCGAUGCGUGUCCGCAGCCACCACCACGACGACGUCCCGACCAAGUCCGCCGUGGUUCAUAACUUCGCAGCCGAGUGUCUGGAGCACCGCUAAGCCGACCGUCAGGCCUCCCUCGAGGAUUACGACACCGGCGGCGCAGCAGCCGCCCCAGCAGCCACCGGUGCCGUCCACCCCAACGCUGCCUAUAACGACGCCGGCGAGCCCCACGUCGACGAGGUCCUUCGUCGAGAUCGAGGUCGACGAAGAGGACCAGGACUUAAUACCUCCUGCGAACGGUUCUCCGGCGAAUGGUCCGGCGAUACCGCCGAUUAUACCUGAGACCACUCAAGCCACGACAACGUCCACCUUCGCUCCCUGGAGAACCAGUCGAAGGACCACCGUACCCAGCACGCUGUACCCGGAGUCCAGCUCGAACGGCCAGUGGUACGACUACAGCAGACAAGUGUGUCCCCCGGUGGUGGCUAGGAAUUUGUCCUGGAACACAACGAGAGCCGGCGAUAUGGCUGUGCAGAGCUGUCCAGGCGGCGCGAACGGUCUGGCCAAGUGGCGGUGCGUGGUGCAUGGCGACACCGCCUUCUGGCAUCUCGACAGCCCCGACUUGAGCGAAUGUCGGUCCGUCUGGCUGACUACCCUGGAAAACCGCGUGACCGACGGCGAGAUGAUCCUCGGUAUCAGCCGGGAGCUCUCGCAAGUGACGAACAACAGCCGCGGGCUGUACGGCGGCGACAUGAUGAUCACCGCGAAGAUCAUCAAGAACAUGGCCGAGAAGAUGGCCUUGGAUAUUAGGUCGUAUAAAGAUCCAAAUCAGAGGGAGGUCAGCGUUACGGAGCUGCUGCAGGGUGUAGUGAGGACGAGCAGCAAUCUUCUCGACAAGUCGCAAAUGGCGUCCUGGAAGGAUCUCGCUCAUAAGGAUCAGAUGAGAGUCGCCACGUCGUUGCUGAUCGGUCUUGAGGAGAACGCUUUCCUAUUGGCGGACACGCUCAUGAACGAGAAGACCAUCAAGCACGAGGACAAAAACAUAUUGAUGGAAGUUCGCGUACUGGACGCGCGCAACAUCGACAACGAGCUGGAAGUUUUCCCGAGUGAGGCCGUGCUGCAGAAGUGGAUCUCGAACGAUCGCGUGGAACUUACCAGGGCCGCUUUGCUGGACAACAGCCAGUCCGGCAUCGUACGGCUGGUCUUCAUGGCCUUUGACAGGCUCGAGGAGAUACUGCAGCCGCAAGCGGAACCGCCGUCCAUCGUCACGAACGGCAAUUCCCAGCAGCGUAGGAACGCCACCAAGCUCCUCAACAGCAAAGUUAUCUCAGCGUCCUUGGGAAAAGGCCGGCACAUACAGCUCUCAGAGCCCGUCCGGGUGUAUUUCAGACACCUGGCGGUCGAGAACGUCACCAACCCCACUUGCGUCUUCUGGGAUUACAUCUUGAGCGCUUGGUCGGAAGAGGGAUGCCAUUUACAAAAGACCAACGAGACUCACACCGUGUGCGAGUGCAACCACCUGACAAACUUUGCCGUGCUGAUGGACGUGCACGCCGUCAGAUUGGACAUCGCCCAUCAGGUCGCGCUGCAGAUUAUCACGUAUAUAGGCUGCAUCAUUUCCGUCGUCUGCCUGGUCCUAGCCAUUCUAACGUUUCAAUUAUUUCGCGGACUAAAGUCGGACAGGACGACGAUCCACAAAAACCUCUGCGUAUGCUUGCUGAUAGCCGAGGUACUCUUCGUCUGCGGGAUUGGCCAAACGAAUCAAAGGGUUGUCUGCGGCAUUGUGGCCGGCUUGUUGCACUUUUUCUUCUUGUGUGCGUUCGCCUGGAUGUUCCUCGAAGGAUUCCAAUUAUACGUGAUGCUGAUUGAGGUUUUCGAGGCAGAAAAAUCUCGACUCCGAUGGUACUAUCUGGUUGCAUACGGCGCACCGUUGCUAGUGGUUGGAAUUUCGUGCAUAAUCGAUCCACUCAGCUAUGGUACCGAUCAGUAUUGCUGGCUACGAGCAGAUAAUUAUUUCAUCUUCAGCUUCGUUGGGCCUGUAUUACUCGUUAUACUGGCGAAUCUGGUGUUUCUGACGAUGGCGAUCUACAUGAUGUGCCGGCACACGAACACCACCGUGGCGAUGAAGAGCAAGGAGCACUCCCGUUUGGCUAGCGCAAAUGGAAAGGAAGAGAAUGCUCUUCCCAACAAAUUGCAAGCGCACUUGGCCUGGCUGCGGGGCGCUAUCGUGCUGGUGUUUCUACUAGGUCUGACCUGGACAUUCGGGCUCCUCUACUUGAACCAGGAGUCCGUCGUGAUGGCGUACAUCUUCACCGUAUUGAAUAGUCUCCAGGGGCUGUUUAUCUUUGUGUUCCAUUGCGUACAGAACGAGAAGGUGAGGAAGGAGUACCGGAAGUUCGUCCGCCGCCAUUCCUGGCUGCCGAAGUGCCUGAGGUGCUCGAAGACGGUGACGGGCGGCUCGGCCGGCUCCACCGGCGGCAGCGGCGGCGCCGGCGGCGCCAACGGCGGCAAGGACUUCGCCUCGCACAACACCUCGUCGAAUCCGUCGGCCCCGACGACCGACAGCUCCGGAUUGUCGCCUCACGCGGCCAGCAACGCCAACCAUUACUUGGUAUCCGGUCGAAGCUGGGCGAUAGUCGAUAGGCAGCCGGCGGUAACGGUGCCAGGUGAACCCUCCUCGACCGAGACUCACAUCGUGGCCACCCUGCCGUACGCACGUCACGCCUUCUUACCCUCAGCUCCCAAUAUCCCCAAAUCUGCCACCGCCACUUGGGGCCACCUUAACAAAAACCUCAUGUGGAAGAACAUUUCUUUUAAAUCCUACUCCCGUGAUUCCGGACACGGCGGCUCCGAGCAGGAGGACUCCCCACGGACGCACAACACCUUGACGCUCGGCCACUCAGGCAGGAGACGCGGACCGAGCGACGCCGGCGAGAUAAACAGCACUGGCAGCAGGACGACCGGCGGUAGACGCGCCGCGAUGCCGUACAAUCACACAUACACCGAGAUCGUGGACGGUCGCGGGGGCGGUGGCGGCAACGGCACCGGGCACCAUCAGCUGCACGCCCAUCACGGCCAACACGUGCAUCUGCCGCGCGGUCUCGCCAACGAGGACGAUCCAGUGUACGAGGAGAUCGAGCGGGGAAGCGGUGGUGGCGGCGGCGGCGGCGGCGGUGGCGGCGGCGGCGGCGGCGGUGGUGUCGGCGGAGGUAUCAUCGGCGGUGGUAUCGGUGGCGUCGUUGGCGCCGGCGAGAUCCAAGUGUCGGAUAUGUCCGACGAGGACGGCCGGCGGCAGAGUGACAUGAGCAGGCAGUCCUCCAGGAGCUACGGCGACCACCGGCCGCUGAUACCGUAUUCACCCGCUGCCGACCGCAACUUGGCGCACUACGGCCAGGCGAUGACGGAACGCGGCAACGGGGGAGCAGGCGGUAACCUCGCGCACUACGACACGACGGAAUACGGUCCGGCGAUGGAACGGACCCUGAACGCCUGUUGGGAAAAGCUGCGCCGGCAGCAGGCUAGGUACGAGCUCGGCGACCUGCCGCGGCUACCGGCGGCAUACGGCAUGCCGCCGCAGCAGGACCACACGCGGACGGUGGCCGUGUUGGACGGUCACACCGUCGUCUGCCACCUGCAGCCGCAGACGGACAUGUACACGGGUCGCGGUAUGCCGCCGCCGUCCUACAGCGAGUGUUAGGUCCGCCCGGUUCCACGACUCGGCGACCUGAGGGAGACAUUCCCUCCUCGACCUGCCGCGCAGGAACGAUGACGGACGUUCUUCCGGGGAGACGGGGCCGAUCAGCCGGAUCGGCGCGCAGCUAUCGCGAUCUGUCCGGAUGGCUCGUCUUGUCCGGGGACAUGUGGUGACGGUGUGGGGGUGACGGUGGUGGUGACGGUGAUGAUGACGAUUCGUUCCUGAGAAGAAGCGCGUGUUUAGUCGACGAUUAGUCCCCCUCGACGGUGGGGGCUCAUAAAAGGGGGUCUCCUGCGUGAGACGGACGUGUGCCGCUUUUUAGCUCAAACGUAAGCGCGACGGUGCGUCAUGGCCGAGGCUCGCGCGGAGGUUCGUCGCGUUUUAGCCAUAAAUCGACUCGUAUCGCGAGCGCUCUACCAGAACGCCGCCCUUGGCAUCCGUUGCAGCCGGGUGCAAUACGGUCGGACGUCUCCUCGCGAUCAGCAGCGAGACAGAGGGGAUGCUGAAGAGCACAGAUGCUGAGAGAGUGAGCGAGAGAAAGGUUGGAAUGAGUGUGAGGUCGAGACGGGCGUCCAACUAGACUGCCACGUCGUCCAACGGACGCCCGCGUCUCUUAGGAUUUACCUAAGUGUGCAUGCGUGGGGUGUGUGAGUGCGUGAGAAAACCACUGCGACGCGGACUUUGUAUAACAGGACUGUAGCGGACCUCUCGUUUAGGCUAAGUCGACGACGACGAUGACCACGACGACAACGACGAUGACGAUGACGACGACGACGACGACGACGACGUGUGCCCGUUCGUGGCCGGGCGUUUGGAAUUGGCGAAUCGAGUGCGCGAGCAAAGACCAGAACGUGACGAGUCCUUAUGGACGGGAGCUUUCCGGAGUCCGCAGCGACGCGAAAAUCGGCUUCGAGAAUUGCGAGGCAACGGAAAGGAAACAGCAGAAAAUUUGUCCCGAAUGUGAUCGCACGCUUUGAGACAGUGAUUUUAUGAGCUUCGCACGAGCGUAAUGAACCAAAGUUUUACUAACAUGAUAUGUUGAAAAUAGCUCGUGGAAAUUUUUGCAAAAUAUUUCUUGUCAAUAUUACUCUGUCAUAUUUUUUAAUGCGAAUAUAUAUAUCUUGUAACACAUUGCAAAAGAAUUUUAUAUAAUUUGCAAAAGUUGCGCCGUAUAAGGUGUUUGGUUUUGAGAGAUUCGCUUUAACUUUUUCAAUUUACUUUUAUAUUUUUUUAAUAAUUAGGUUUCACCUGUAUGAAUAUUAUAUAUUCUCUUUUAUUUAAUCAAUUAAUUAUUCAAGACAAAAAUUACGAAGUCUGAUGGAGGUCAUUCAGGUGAAUGUAAGAUAGAAAUACCAAUUCCCAAACUUAAUCCUGGACGUUUUUAUUGCUUUGGUCUUUAAAUAUGAAUAUUUAACAUAUUUUUAACACUAUAUAUGUAUAUAUGUGUGUGUGUUUGUACAUGUAUUUACACAUCUACAAGGUGAAGAACAUAAAUGAAACCAUUUCGUAAGGAAUCUUAAACUUCGCUUGUUUUCUGGGUUUAGACCACGUCUUUCUUAUAGGAUUUGGUUCCGACGUUUCAUGAACAUAUUAGUUCAUUUCUUCAGGAAGCAGUUUAAAACUGCUAUUUUCUGCGAAAUGUUUUCUUUUAUAAGAAAAGGGAUUCUGGUGAUUUGAAGUGGGAGAUGUAGGAAUGAGAAUUUGUUUUAAUUUUCUCUACAAUUCUGGUUAUAGAAUAAAGAUUGAUUUCGAUUUAAUGAACUAAAGGUGAUCUUGAAAUCCUGAAAACUACAAGCGACAAAAAAUUUGACUAAUGCAUUACAUAACUUCCUUCGAGUCAUACAAUAUCCAUUUGAAUCAGCUUUUGGUAAAAUCAAUAUUUACGGCGUUAUCGAAGUAGUUCCAGUUAUGGUUGCUUCACUCUGUAUAUGUUCAAUAUAUGCAUAUAUAUUAUAUGUUGAAACUUUAAAUAUAUUCCCAUUUAAAAGUAAAGCAAUAAAAGUGUCUAGGAUUAGGUGCGUGUCCGUGUGCAUAUUGGUACUUUUACCUUGUGCGCGCUGCGUCAUUCUUUACAAAUCACUCGAAUCGGUAUAUUUCCUACGGCGAUACAUUCUCCAGAUCGCAUCGAAACCCAUCCUCGUGCGCGACGGACUUCGAAGAGGGGAAUAUCGCGCGAGCAUCGUCGAUACCUCGGCGCAUCCGCUUCCCGGGCCCACGGCCACAGCCGCACGAUUGUAACGGGUCAGGGGAGGAGAGGAUUACGGAACUCGACAGACCGCGUGUCGUGAGCCGGUAUUCAGUGCGACGAUAAGUGGCGGAUUCAACGGCGGUUCAGCCGUCAAACGCGCGUGUCCGGUGAUAUUUAGGUGUCGCGUUGACCGUGGUAUUAAACGCGCUUCGCCGCACAGCCGAGUGUGAAUCCCGCGUAAAUUACAAUGGCGCGAUGUAACCGCCGUGUCGACCGCUCGUUGUGCUGCCCGAUCACGGCGAAUGUGCGUUUAACGCCACGCUCAAUUCCGCAUUUGAUGGGACACGCUGCGCUGUGGCGGACGAGUCGCUCACGGCUUGCCGCCCCUUACCGGCUCGCUUUCUUUCGGGCCCUGCGUACCUGCGAGUGUUCGGCGGUGCAAAGCUUUCCAGGAACGGGCGGGUCGGCGUGACCACCCUCAACUUAGAAAACAGGCAUUGUAACAUAGAUCUAGACAUAUCGCCACCGGCCGAAUACGCGAAUCGCCAACGAUACGCCGCUGAUUGUCGAGAGGCCGAGGAUCGACGUGCCCGAUCUUUACGCGGGAUCGACGACGGCUCGAUAAAGGAUAACCGGUAUCGUGUGAUCUGCGACGAGAUAGCCGCGCGGCGACGCUUACCUCGCGCGAUGAAAGAAAGGAGCGUUUGGCUGUCGUACGAAUGUCUUGUAAGAAUUUCUUCGACGACGUUUUUAUGUAUGAACGGAGAUACCUUUUUAUUUUGUGACGCGAAGUCGCCUUCAGCCGGAGCAGUCUCGUCACAGGUCGUCACAGAUACUCGUUGUUGCUUCAGCACUUCCAUAAACGACGUUAUUGUCUUCGUCAAGAACGUUAUGCAACUUUUUGCUUUUUGUAAUAAAAAAUUUUGAAUUUUUUUUAGAUAAAACAAAACGAUAUUACAUUUUUA